GUCUACCUGCAGCCUCCUCCUCGCCGGUCCUGGCUGUUCGGUUACUCCCACGCCGCCUGAGAACCGCCCUCAGCCGGGGACACCUUGUCCCAAAGUCCCCUCUGAGAUCUGUUCCAUUGUUUUCUCUCCCGAGAGUUGUCAGUUUGGGUAGAUCUGAUUUUCUAGCAGUAUAUUUUACAAAGGUUUCAAUCUCUGGGCUGUGUCCUGCGAUGCUUGAUUGACCUGUGAAGUAAUGUGGACAGAAGUUCUCACAUGUGUUCCUUGUAACCACUGGACCCAGCAUUGCAUCUUAAUGUUUACUUAAACAGAACUUUCAUAAGAAAGAGAAUGGGAGUCUGGUUAAACAAAGAUGACUUUAUCAGAGACUUGAAGAGGCUCAGUGUCUGUCUUCUCAUACUACAUGUGGUUGUAGUAGUGGGCACGGAUCAGAAUUUUUACAGUUUACUGGGAGUAUCUAAAACUGCAAGCAGCAGAGAAAUAAGACAAGCCUUUAAGAAGUUAGCACUGAAAUUACAUCCUGAUAAAAAUCCGAAUAACCCAAAUGCACAUGGUGAUUUUUUAAAAAUAAAUAGAGCAUAUGAAGUACUCAAAGAUGAAGAUCUGCGGAAGAAGUAUGACAAGUAUGGAGAAAAGGGACUUGAGGAUAAUCAAGGAGGCCAGUACGAGAGCUGGAGCUACUACCGCUACGACUUUGGUAUUUACGAUGAUGAUCCUGAAAUCAUAACAUUAGAAAGAAGAGAAUUUGAUGCUGCUGUCAAUUCUGGAGAACUGUGGUUUGUAAACUUUUACUCUCCAGGAUGCUCACAUUGCCACGAUUUAGCCCCCACUUGGAGAGAAUUUGCUAAAGAAGUGGAUGGAUUACUUCGAAUUGGAGCUGUCAACUGUGGAGAUGAUCGCAUGCUUUGCCGGAUGAAAGGGGUCAACAGUUAUCCCAGCCUCUUCAUCUUUAGGUCUGGAAUGGCUGCAGUGAAGUACAGUGGAGACAGAUCAAAGGAAAGCUUAGUGACCUUCGCCAUGCAGCAUGUCAGGAGCACGGUGACAGAGCUCUCCGCAGGAAAUUUUGUGAAUGCCAUAGAAACUGCUUUUGCUGCUGGUAUCGGCUGGCUGAUCACAUUUUGUUCUAAAGGAGAAGAUUGUUUGACGUCGCAGACUCGACUCAGGCUUAGCGGCAUGUUGGAUGGUCUUGUGAAUGUGGGCUGGGUGGACUGUGACUCUCAGGACAGCCUCUGUAAGAGCUUGGACAUCACAGCGAGUACCACUGCUUAUUUUCCUCCUGGAGCCACUUUGAGUAACAAAGAAAAAUCCAGUGUUUUGUUUCUUAACUCACUGGAUGCUAAGGAGAUAUACAUGGAAAUCAUACACAGUCUUCCAGACUUUGAACUGCUUUCAGCAAGUCAACUAGAGGAACGUUUGGCACAUCAUCGCUGGCUUGUGUUUUUUCAUUUCGGAAAAAAUGAAAAUGCAAACGAUCAUGAAUUGAAAAAACUGAAAACUCUACUUAAAAAUGAGCAUAUUCAAGUUGGAAGGUUUGACUGCUCUUCUGCACCAGGCAUCUGUUCUGAUCUGUAUGUUUUCCAGCCCUGUCUAGCAGUGUUUAAAGGACAAGGAACCAAAGACUAUGAAAUUCAUCAUGGAAAGAAGAUUCUAUACGAUAUACUUGCUUUUGCCAAAGAAAGUGUUAACUCCCAUGUCACCACACUCGGACCUCAGAACUUCCCUGCGAAUGACAAGGAACCGUGGCUUGUUGACUUCUUCGCUCCUUGGUGUCCGCCAUGUCGAGCUCUUUUGCCAGAGUUACGGAAAGCAUCCACACUGCUGUAUGGCCAACUCAGAGUCGGUACAUUAGACUGCACAAUCCAUGAAGGCCUCUGCAACAUGUAUAACAUCCAAGCUUAUCCAACAACAGUGGUAUUCAACCAGUCCAGUAUCCAUGAAUAUGAAGGACAUCACUCUGCAGAACAGAUCUUGGAGUUCAUAGAGGAUCUCAGAAACCCUUCAGUGGUCUCUCUGACCCCCACCACCUUCAGUGAGCUGGUUAGACAGAGAAAGCAUGAUGAAGUCUGGAUGGUUGAUUUCUAUUCUCCGUGGUGUCAUCCCUGUCAGGUCUUAAUGCCAGAAUGGAAACGAAUGGCCCGGACAUUAACUGGACUGAUCAAUGUAGGCAGUGUGGACUGCCAACAGUAUCAUUCUUUUUGUACCCAAGAAAAUGUUCAAAGAUAUCCCGAGAUAAGAUUUUAUCCCCAAAAGUCAAAUAAAGGUUAUCAGUAUCAUAGUUACAAUGGCUGGAAUAGGGAUGCGUAUUCCCUGAGAAGCUGGGGUCUCGGAUUUUUACCCCAAGCGUCCAUAGAUUUAACACCUCAGACUUUCAACGAGAAGGUUUUACAAGGGAAAAAUCACUGGGUGGUUGAUUUCUAUGCUCCUUGGUGUGGACCUUGCCAGAAUUUUGCCCCAGAGUUUGAACUCUUGGCUAGGAUGAUCAAAGGAAAAGUGAAAGCUGGGAAAGUGGACUGUCAGGCCUACCCCCAAACAUGCCAGAAGGCCGGUAUCAAAGCCUACCCAAGUGUUAAGUUUUAUCAGUAUGAAAGAGCAAAGAAAAGUAUAUGGGAAGAGCAAAUAAAUUCCAGAGAUGCAAAAACUAUUGCUGCCUUAAUUUAUGGAAAAUUGGAAACUCUCCAAAGCCAAGUAAAGAGAAAUAAGGAUGAACUUUGAUGAUGUUGAAGAAAAAUACUGUAAGGGAAAGAACCUGGAAAAUAGCAUCAGAAGAUCCUUUCCAAAGUUAAGAUGCUCUUGAGGAAGCGGAUGCCCUUGGCCUUGCGGUUGUCUGUGUGAGGCUGCAGUCUGCAGACACUUCCUGCCGAGAGCCACAUGGCGCCGUCUGGGACUGAGGCCACAUGUGGUUCUUUGUUGCGUCUUUGUUGUUGUUGUUAAUCCUUUUAGAAACACAAACAUCGUUCUUAGCUCAGGGCCAUACAGAAGUAUUCCAUAGGCCAAGCCCAGCCCAGCGACCCGUGUGCUGGCUACCCCAACUGAUUUUUGGACGCCUGGCCCUCUGUGUGCAUCUGUCAUCUUCACACCGCACAAAGUGGGUGUGGCUUCGGCUUGUAAUUCUGUGAUGGGCCUCAAAGAAGGGGCUUGGGUUCAGUCACACCUGACAGUUCUGUCUCUGACCAUAUAUUUUAUUUUGACUAUUUUCAUAAUAUGGCAAAAUAAAACUGCGCUCAUUUUUCAUACUAUAUAGUAUUGUAUAUACAGAGGUUCUCCUUUUGUUUUCUUGCAAGAAUUGAAGAGAUGUUCUUAAUUUAUCACAAUGGUAAAUGUAAAAAUCUUGUAAGCUAUGAUUUCUAGGACAAAGUAAGGAAAAGUAUUUACAGCAAUUCAUUGGACAGUGUAGAAGUCACAAGUGGGCCUGUGUUUUAAUGUGCACGUAUUUGUUUAUUUGCUUUCAUAAAUAUGUUCCUACUAAUGGUUUUGUUUGCAGUGUCUUCCUGAUGUUGACACAUUUGCCUUCUGGGGUCUCUGUUUUGAUCAUUCACAUUGAUUUUUUUCCCUAUAGCUGUGGUUUUACUCCUGUCAAUAUUCACUAUUCAAAUAGGAACAGUCCUUUUAGGUUUAUUUUCAUGUGACUCAUGAAGACAUUGUUACUCAGCUAUCCCUGACAAAGGCGGUCUUUCUCAGUACAGCGUUGCCGUAGGAGCUGGAGUCAAGCACAUGGUGGACACGUGUCGAUUCUCAGUUGUUUGCACUCUCCUGCAACUCAGAAGGCAGAGUGAGCUGUAGUUCAGUUCCCUCCACAGCACAUGGGAUGGUCAAAGGAUGCCGGUAAAUAAAGUCAAAUUAUUUUUUCUAAA